GGGCGGCAAGAGGCGCAGAGCAUAAUGGGAGGACGCGAAGACGGGGACCUGUUCGCGAAACUGCAACUCCCAGCAGCACAGGGAGCAAGAGCAGGGGCGGCGGAGGGGCGGCGGAGGGGCGGCGGGGCGGAGCCAGCCAAAGACCGCAGGGAAGUCCAUUCCAGCCCGACCUCGCUUUACCCAGACGAGGGCCAAGGUUUAACUCGUAAGGGUUUCACAGCGCCUCAAUCGUCGGCCGGUCCCGGGAGCGAACUUUCUCAGCUGGAAGAGGGGGGUCUCCCGAAGUACGAGAUGCAAGCUGGGAAGCCCAUCCUCUAUUCCUAUUUCCGAAGCUCCUGCUCAUGGAGAGUUCGAAUUGCUUUGGCUUUGAAAGGCAUUGACCAUGAGAUAAUGCCCAUCCAUCUCACAAAGGAUGGGGGGCAACAGUUUUCUGAGGAAUUCCAGGCACUGAAUCCCAUGAAGCAGGUGCCAGCCCUGAAGAUUGAUGGAAUCACCAUUGGCCAGUCACUGGCCAUCAUUGAGUACCUGGAGGAAACUCGGCCCACUCCACCACUCCUGCCUCAGGACCCAAAGAAGAGGGCCAGUGUGCGCAUGAUUUCUGACCUCAUCGCUGCGGGCAUCCAGCCCCUGCAGAACCUGUCUGUCCUGAAGGAAGUGGGACAGGAGAACCAGCUGCCCUGGGCCCAGAAGGCCAUCAUUUCUGGCUUUGAUGCUCUGGAGCGGAUCCUGCAGAGCACAGCGGGGAAGUACUGUGUGGGAGACCAGGUGUCUAUGGCUGAUCUGUGCUUAGCGCCUCAGGUGGCAAAUGCUGAAAGGUUCAAGGUGGAUCUCACCCCUUAUCCUACCAUCAGCCGCAUCAACAAGACACUGCUGGCCUUGGAGGCCUUCCGGGUGUCUCACCCCUGCCGGCAGCCAGAUACACCUGCUGAGCUGAGGGCCUAGCUCCCAGACCUUGCCACAUUGGCACACGGACAAGGAGGGCACACAGGAGUGGAUACUGGGUGGGCUUAACAGGCCUAGAAAUAAGUCUUAAUUGAGCAGACAAGAGACUUUAGCCCUUAAACUUCAACGCUAGACCUGGUGCUGCCUCCCCCCCCAAACCUUGUUGUACUUCAGUCUUCUCAUCUGUCAAGUGUCAGGAGGUGGGUGGGCAAAAAUGUUAUCUGUUAUUUAUGUUACAGGGCAGUCACAAAGCCAAAAUGAGAAUAUGGAUUAAAAUGCCACAAGUUA